AUGAUCAAGGCAGAAGAAGAGGAAUUUGUGUCAGAGGAGGGAGAGGAGCAGGUCAAGAAGGGAGAGGAGCAGGUCAAGAAGGGAGAGGAUCAGGUCAAGGAGGGAGAGGAGCAGGUCAAGGAGGGAGAGGAGCAGGUCAAGAAGGGAGAGGAUCAGGUCAAGGAGGGAGAGGAGCAAGUCAAGGAGGGAGAGGAGCAGGUCAAGAAGGGAGAGGAUCAGGUCAAGGAGGGAGAGGAUCAGGUCAAGGAGGGAGAGGAGCAGGUCAAGAAGGGAGAGGUGCAGGUCAAGGAGGGAGAGGAGCAAGUCAAGGAGGGAGAGGAGCAGGUCAAGAAGGGAGAGGAGCAGGCCAAGAAGGGAGAGGAGCAGGUCAAGGAGGGAGAGGAGCAGGCCAAGAAGGGAGAGGAUCAGGUCAAGGAGGGAGAGGAGCAGGCCAAGAAGGGAGAGGAGCAGGUCAAGGAGGGAGAGGAGCAGGCCAAGAAGGGAGAGGAGCAGGUCAAGAAGGGAGAGGAUCAGGUCAAGGAGGAAGAGGAGCAGGUCAAGAAGGGAGAGGAGCAGGUCAAGAAGGGAGAGGAGCAGGUCAAGAAGGGAGAGGAGCAGGUCAAGAAGGGAGAGGAGCAGGUCAAGAAGGGAGAGGAGCAGGUCAAGAAGGGAGAGGAGCAGGUCAAGGAGGGAGAGGAGCAGGUCAAGGAGGGAGAGGAGCAGGUCAAGGAGGGAGAGGAGCAACAUGUAUUAUGA